ACUGUCAUUGUGACAGUUAUUAUUCGCGUAAUGUAAUUCAAAUUUCUUUUUUCUUUUUUAUUUACAAAACAAUGCAAAAUUAUUAUAUCAAAAUAAAUGGUGUUUUUUUGCUUUUAUUUUAUUUGUAAAUAGUCGUCAAAAACAAUGAAAGCAAAAUAAAAAAAAAAAAUGAAAAUAUAAAAAAAAGUGAGGUUAAAAUUAAUAUAAACUCGCGUAUUGUAUAAUUAUUAUUGAAACGUAAUUUAUUGAUUUUGCUACGUCAUUAAAACAAUUGACACUUGUCAUAUAAAUAAACAGGUUUUAAUUUUUAACAAAAAGUUAUUAUAUUAUUUAUAGAAAGUGAAAAGUGCAUUUUUUUUUUUCAUUAACAGUGAAAUGAUGCCAGGAACGGAAAUAAUAAGAUUAUAUUUUAUAACAUGGAAUGUAGCGACAAAAUAUCCCGAAGAAGAUCUUCACGAUUUACUUAAACUUAAAAAUCCAGUUGAACAUGAUCCGCCGGAUUUUUAUAUAAUUGGAUUACAAGAAGUAAAAUCACAACCACAUGAUUUGUUGUACGAUGUUUUUUUCGAUGAUCCAUGGACCAAAUCAUUUAGAGAUAUUUUAAAGGCACACGAUUAUGUGAAAAUAAAAACACAACGAUUACAGGGUCUAAUGUUAAAUAUAUUUUGUUUGCGUAAGCACAUUAGUCAAUUGAGAUCGAUUGAAGCUAAAUACACAAAAACUGGUUUUGGUGGCCUAUGGGGAAACAAGGGCGCAGUGAGCGUGAGGCUAAACAUCUAUGGUGUAAGUUUGUGUUUAAUUAACGCACACUUAACAGCACAUGAUAAUUUUCUACCAACGCGAAUUUCCGAAUACAAUAUGAUUCUUCGUGAGCACAUUUACGAGUCUACUGAGACAUCAAACAUCUUUUACCAUGACUAUGUAUUUUGGUUUGGUGAUUUAAAUUUUCGACUGAUGGAAGGUCUCACAGCAACUGACAUUGAUUUAUUAAUUAAACAAAAACAAUUAAGUGUUCUUCUUGAGAAAGAUCAACUCAAAAAUGUCAUGGCAAAUGGAGAAGCAUUCGCUGAAUUAAUUGAGAAUAAAAUUUCAUUUUCACCAACUUAUAAAUUUCAAUUUUCCUCACAGGAUUAUGAUCUCAAACGUCGACCAUCAUGGACCGAUCGAAUUUUAUAUAAAGUCAAUGAAAAUGUUUAUGAAAAUAUAACACUCAAGGCUGUGCAAAAUAGUUACAAAAGCCAUUCCAAUUAUGUUCAAUCGGAUCAUAAACCAGUGACAAGCGAAUUUGAUAUUGUGAUUCGUUCAGUUAGUGGAAAUCAAGAUGUGGAAUUUCUUCCAAUUUUGGAAUGGUUCAUAGACGAGACAAAUAUUGUUUCAUAUAAAAUAAAUGGUAAUCGAAAAUCGGGAUUUCGCGAUUGGAUUGGCCUUUAUAAAGAUGGAUUUUCAAGUGUUGAUGAUUAUAUUAUUUAUGAAUAUGUCACCACUGAUAUUGAAGAAUCUGACGCACCUAGAGAAGCGUCUGAGGAAACAUCUGAAAUUAAACAUCUAUCAUUCGUUGUAACGGCUAUUAAAACACCUGGAAUGUAUCGACUCGUUUAUUUCACGCAAAAUUCGGGUAUUUUCGGUAUUUUAGGUAUGAGUCAAGCAUUCGCGGGACAUCAUAGAUAAAUUAGAAAAAAAAAAAAUUAUAUUUGACCUCAUAAGCAAAUCAACAUGACUCAAAAAGUGUGUCUAUAAUUUUUUUGCUUUUGGACAAUUUUUUUUGUCCAUGUGCACCCAGUUCUUUUUUUUAAAUCUAAAAAUGAGAUUUACAUCACGCUUUAAUCUCCAUUUAUGAAAUAAAAUUGGAAUUUUCCUUCAAAAAAAAAAAUUUCAACAAAAAUUGUUUGUUAGGAAUAUUUUUGAAAAAUCCUCUUUUCGAGACUAAAAAAAUAAAAAAAAGAAAAUUCCAAAAUAUAUUAUUCAACAUGGAGACCUAUUAAUUUAGUACCUGGUUAUUUAUCUUACGUUUUAUCAGCGUAUGUUUGUGCAAUACUGUUAUAUAUGCGAUUUUUGUGAACAAAAAAAAAAACGCAUUUGUUAUUUUAUUUUUCUAAAUAUAGUUCGCUUUUAAAAUAAAAAAAAAAAAGAAAAAGAAAAUAAAAAAAUAUAUCACGGUAAGAGGGUAAAAAUA